AUGCCCCAAGAAGAUUCUUCAUCAGUUAUUGUUAAUAUUCCUUUACAGGAUGAGACAUCCUCAUCAACAACAACAUUGGCUUCUCAAGGUAGUACUACUGCCAACAACAACACGACAAGUAUUUCCAUCGGAGGGUCCCUAUCUACUCCAUCAGUAGUUGGAGGUAAUGAUUUACAGAGAAAGAUUCAAAAUUUCCAAUCGUUUCAAGUUGCAGGAACUGAAAAGAUGGGUGGCAGUGAAGGAGAUGGAUUUUCAUUCUUUUCCAAUCAACAUUCGGUUUAUUAUUUGGUGAAAGUGAGUUACUUGUUGGAGAAGGAAAUUGUUUCCUAUACACUGAGGAGAAGAUAUACUCAUUUCAAGGAAUUGUUUGAUAGAAUGGUUGGAUUGAAACAAGGACAAAUUGUAUAUAAUAAUGAAACAUUAACUUUUCCAGAAAAGGAAAAAUGGGAUUCAUUAAUCAAUUGGAAAACUGAUGAAAUUAUCAAACAAAGAUCAGAAGCAUUUUCUAAAAUAAUGAUGGAAGUUUAUGAUAAUAGAAACUUUUAUUUAAUGAAUGAGGAAAUAUUUUCAUUCUUUUCACCUUCCAAAUAUACUGAUGAGUAAAGAGAUUUAAAUUUUGUACAAAGGCACCAAUUAAAUAAUUUAUUAACCAAGUAUUGUUUCUUCUAUUUUCUCAAUUCUAUUUCGAAUAAAUUGAUUGUAAGGAUAUC